AUGAGUUGGCGUAGAGGAAGAACGACGUUUUCAUCGAGACCACCGCUUCAAAAAUGUCUGAUCUUGUGCCGUCGUGUUUUGGUGAUACCACUGUUGGUUGGUUGCGGUUUAAUUUUGAGAGCAGCGGCUGACGGCUUGGAAUUGACAGACGGUAAGGAUUAGGGCUCUUUUUGUCGUCGUUCUAACAAUAAAAUCAUUGGAUUUUAAUCUCGUUCGUUGUCUGUCGAUUUUAAGGUUUGUGGUACACAUCUAGAAAAGAGUAAGUAAUGUUGAGAUGCGGGAAUCAUAGCGGCACAUCUCAGUUCUCUCGUUUGUCUUCAGCCAGUUUUCAUGAAAUAUUAAGUUUUUAGCUGAGAAAUGUUUUUGCGAUCUUCAGCAUUCUCUUACAACCUUGGCUUUAAAGUAUAGAGAUUCGAUAAUGCGAAUUUUUUAAGAUUGCUGUUUGUUAAAAUCAAUGUUUUAUCAUAGUUUGUACUGCUUGGACCGGAACUUUGCCAAUUUUCAGUAAACAAACCAAAAGUAUUCCACACCAUCGGGCUUAUUAGUUUAUAUUUCGAGGAAAAGUUAUCCGGUGUGGCUAAAAAAAGAAGGGAAAAAAAAGGAAAGUCUAACUUCGCUUCUUCAAUAAAUAUUCUCUCCGAAUCUGGUUAAAAACAAAUUUUAUCGAGGCCUGAAGAUCUUAUCAAAACUCGCUAAUUCCAUCGCCAUCGCUGCAGAAAAAAAAUACAUCAAAGUGUAAUCUGUAGCGAGUGGCAAUUCUAGGAAUGAAGAACAUCGUGACAGUCAUAAGGAGAGUUUUUCGACAAAGAAGCUGGUAAUUGUGUUUGGCAAUUGUGUUUCUCGCUGGCAGAAAGUGGUUAUUAUUUUCGUAAUACAAAGAUCCUCGAAAUGGCUUGUAAGUGAGAACAAGGAAUUUAUUUGCGUUUUGUUAAUAGCUGCACAAUGCAGACUAGUGUCAAAGAUUGUUUUAUUUCGGUAAUUGCACUGACAGACUCCUUCAUUUCAUGGCGGUUUUGCUGUGUUUGUUUUAUGUACAACAUUGUAGUAAAAGAUGAGAUGAAAAUUAAUCAGCAAAGCCGACCAGCAUGCAGCAUGAUGAACACAGUAUGAACGGAACGGUCUUUUGAAAUGCAAACUGCAUUGUAAACUUUAAAUGUGGCUAAAAAAAUUCUACUUGUGUUUUGUCUCCUCUGUAAACCUAAAAAUACGUUGUUAUGCUUGUUUAUCUAAUUGAGUUGUUGGUUUUUCAGCUUCAAAUUGUCAACACCAUUAAAAACAUGUUGUGCCUUCUACUUCUUUGUGCGUAACAUGUAUAAAAUGUAAGUGAGGAAAUGAAGCGCACCUGCUGAUGUAGAUCGCUAGAAACAAACAAGAUAAUUAGCUGAUUUAUUUUUAAAAAUACGUUUUAAAACGUUUUGCAGCGAUGUUGACUCAACGUAGGAUGAAAAAAAAAUUCAGCUAAAAAGUGCAGGCUCCAUUCAGGAAAAAAACAAUUUGCGGUUUUGAUAUAAGACCUCUUGCCGCGGGAUAAUCUCGUUAUUGUCUCAAUCCCUAACAACUGUGGACGAAUUUUCAUAUUCUAUUCUCCAUUUCUCGUUUAGGACAACAGUCACUGGCGAGGUGUUAAGUAUUGCCUUUGAAAAAGACCUCUCACUUAUUACUAAAAUGCAAAUUUUUUGCUCUUGCCAUCAAAGACGGAAAAGGGCUUUCCUGAACGAAAAUACUAAGAAGUGCUUUGCUUUUCGCCAAAUAGGAUUUUCUGUCCCAAACAACAAAGAAAAAUAAAAUGUUCUAGCUACAGUUAUACAAAGUGGAAGAGUCUGUCAAUUAUCCUUCACAAGAGCGUUUAUCGAUUUGUAUCACUUGAGAUUCAGAGCUCUUAUUUUGUGAUAGCGACUUGUAAAAAUACCGCUAAUUAAAAUUUUCAACUGCAUCACCUGAACAAAAGACGUAAUGUUAAGUGAUACUAAUUGGUUUGAUCCCGACUGAAGACAGAUUAAUUGACUAUCUGACACAAUGCAACAAUCUGCCUUAACCGUCCAGGUUCACUUUAGAGUAAACAUCACAUUUUGAUGGUGUCAAAAAAAACACAGACACACAUAGAAAGACAAUUUGGUACCGUAUAAUUUUUUGCUUUUUCCACAUCAUCGAGUGAUUUUAUUCUUACUUGAAUAAACGGGAAUAAUGACAUUAUAGAACUAACUCCUACUCAAAUCCACGCAAGAAAAACACUUCAAUUGAUUUUCACAAACACCCAGUUUUCUUUUUUUUCAGUGCCUUUACUUCUGUUCCUUACUUUGUUUUCUAAUUACUCUUCUUCAGUGAAGAAAAAGCAAGUUAAGUGUCGCAUUAUAUAAAAAAGUGUGCGAGAGGGGAUGGAUAUUUGAUGGUCCUUCUUGCGAUUAACACAUAACCAUUUUAUCAUGAGACUCGCACGGCCCGGAAUUCUAUUGAAAAUACGUACUAGACAAAAAAUUUCCCAAUGAGACUCGUAGGCGAUGGCGUGAUUAGGGCCGGGAAAAGGUCGUGCAGCGCUGCAAGAAGCAAGAAGAAAGGAAGAAAGAUAAAGGGCGGCAGUCAAAUGAUGAAAUGCUUGAUGACCAAGCCAGGUCGGGCCGCACGGGAAAAUAUUUGGCUCUCGUUAGGACUUCGCUGAGCUCGGAGCCAAAUGUUCACCACUUCGGUCCUUCCCCUUAGUCAAUAAGUACAUAGUAUUCUUUUGUGCUCAUUUCACAGGAUCAGUUUUUCAAUCAAGACAUCUGUUAUCAAGUGUCGAGUGGGAAACUUGCAACUUUGAAAUCGGUCAUUCGAGAAACUAUUCAACGCGGGAAACAUGGUGGGCUCCCAAAGAAGCAUAUGGCUGGCUAGCGUUGCAUAUAUUUUGUGUUCUCGUCAUUUUUGUAGGUAAAGUAUGAAAGUGUUUAUUGAGGUCCGUCCUCGCAUUUUAGAUACAGCCUUCACUUCGGUUGAUUAUUGGAGCAAGUGUUUUCAGUGAUAGUAAAGUGUCACAGAAAUUUUUUUUCAGAAAUGUGAAAGUUUUGAAAUCAGACAACAGUUUCUUUACCACCUACCUUUGCUCUGAAUCCAUUGCACUUCUAGCUCAGGGUUUUAUGAGUUAUGUAAUUUGCACAAAAUAGUUAUAAUAGAAAAUAAGCGUUAUUUAAUUUUACUUUUUAUAGCGCUUGCUAUCGUUUGCGAUGACUUCUUUGUGCCAUCCCUUGAAGCAAUAUCUGAGAAACUGGAUCUUUCUGAGGAUGUGGCAGGUGCAACCUUUAUGGCUGCAGGUUCUUCUGCUCCGGAGCUAUUUACUUCUGUCGCAGGAGUAACAGUAGAAAGCGAUGUCGGAAUUGGAACAAUAGUAGGGUUAGAGGAAUCUUUCGUACUUUUCUGCCAUAAAUAUGCUUAAUCGCUUAUAUAAAAUACUGUUUAAUACCCGAUGAUAUCACUGCUGAACUCUCUGUUAUGUCUAGGAGUGCUGUAUUCAACCUUCUCGUCAUCAUUGCUUUGACUGCGGCAUUGGCAGGACAGGUGUGCUUGGGUUAUUGAUCCAUAUUUGUAAUAUUUUUAAAAUUUGUUUGUCAUUUUAAGUUUUCACAACUAGUAUCCGUUCGAGUGUGCGAUUAUAUCUGUGUGGAACUCUCCCAUAAAUGGCGGGCCCAAUUACAAACUUUUUUCUUCAUGUAAAUUAGCCCUUCUUGUCAUGUAUGAAAACAAUUCUAUUUUUCCUGGAAAAUCGAAGCUCAUUCGCAUACACAUGAAAGAAUAAUAAUCUUGGGUACCAUUAUGAAAGAAGUCUAUUCGCAAAGGUUUUUGAUUCUACUUGCAAAACUUUUUUAAGAAGACUGACAGAGACAGAGUCGAAAUUUUCUGAAAAAAAUGUUCAAAAUUACUCUUUAGGCAAUUCUACAUUUUGGGUGAGCUUCAGUCACAUAGACGUCCGGCAAUAGUAGUUGCCAAGUCAUUUUUAUUUAAAGCCUUGGACAACUCUACCUGUUAGAAACCAAUUACAAAUGAAGUUGACCAUUUUUUCCAAUUCCUAGGUUCUUCAGCUGGACUGGAAACCGCUUAUAAGGGACUCCAUCUGCUACGCCCUGUCAAUCGGAUUUUUUUCUUGGUUUGCAUGGGAUGGCAAGUUCGAGCUCCAUGAGUCAAUCAUUCUGUUAGCCCUUUACUUCCUUUACAUAGUGUUGAUGAAGUUUAACAGAAAGCUUAUGGAUCUCAUGAGUGGGGCAAAGUACGUGACACUGUUUGAGUAUGGAACCUAAUGAAUAAAUAUUUAGAUUAUUUAUGUUUAAAAUGAUUCUUAUAGGCAACUGGCAUAUUGGUGCUUGUAAAGGUUAUCUAAAUAACUAUAAAUAUAGACCUAACCGGUUACUACAGCGACGCAUACUCGUGGUACUUAUUUUUCGUCAACUGUAAACAAUGAAACAAACUGAAUGAGGAAAAUUAUCCUCUUCUUAGUUAUAGAAAAGUAAAAAAUGCACCGAAAAUUAGAAAAGCACGAAUACCAUACUGUCUAAAAUCUAUAAAAUCAACAAUUUUUGAAAAAUAGAAACUAAAGGAGAAAAAAUUUCAUAGAUAUAAACACUUUCUAACGAGGUCAGCUUUAUUUCUUGUUGCCGGUCACCAUCAGAAUGUUCCCAAGGGACGAAGAACUUCCAUUGGCUUCCUAUACACUGUUAGUACAACUUACUUCUAGUUUUACUGUUUGAGUGAUUUCUUAAUUUACUCUUCACAAGAUAAACAAUGAUUCCAUACUUUAAAACAAACAAUAUUCAACUAAUAAACUUGAAUUCUCGACACCAACUCUGUACACAUUUUAAACGGUUUUAUUCGUAACUUUCUAUCCUAUUAAUGCUAUGGUGAAAUCGAUAUAUUCGAAAAAACAAGUAUAAUAUAAGUUAUUGACCUAGACAAGUAAUGAAGACGCGAAUUUCACAAAAAAAUUGCAACAUGAUUGUUGUUGAAAUAUACUUCUAAAUUUUACUGGUCUUAAGCAUAUAAAAUAACUGAAGUAAAACGUUUCUUAAGAGCUCAAGUCCAGACUGCUCACCUAAAUGCAUGGUUUCAACAGUGCUUGUUGAUAUCCUAAACUCUUUAAUUUUGGAAGGCCAAAAAAUAUUUUGUGUUUCUAUUUCAAGACACAAGGGAGGACAAGUCAGUCCACAAAAUACAGAAGUAACACAGUUUGUGAGUAGUGAUAUCGAUGUGCAGUCAGACCACAACACACUGAGCUCGUCCGUUGCUGUUCUUCAAGGUCGGCAAGGAGUACCUGCAGGAAAGCUUCCUCCCAUUAGACCUGUGGUAAGAAGCAUUUUUUUUUUGGAUAUAUACGGACCCCCUUGCAGACAACUGAAGAAAUAGUAAUUCAUCUAAGCCUCAGUGAGACUCAUUUUACUACCUAGCAAUGUUUUUAAACAUUAUGAAUUUCUGAAACGUUGAGUUUCUCUUUCAGGAAAGUAACGCAGAUGAAGGUGCUAACUCAAAAGUGCUUUUAACGACUAAUCUUAGUGAUCAAAAGAGAUUUUCACAUGCUAACAAAGGACAACUCUCCAGAUCAUUUGUAAGUAAACGGGAGCCUGGAUAUCAGUUUAAAUAAACACAUAUUUCACAGCCAGUUAGUAUAUGUUCUCGCAUCUCUGAAUCUUACAUCUAAAUGGACAAGACAUUUCUAAGUCAAGUUUAAAGAAUCUGUUCGAGAAAAAGAAGGCUAAGUUGGAAAGAGUGUGUUCAUAGGACGACUGGGCUUUCGUUUAACGACAAUAAGGACAAGCAAUAAAUUUGUUCCAUUGUACAUUUGUCCUCGUCAUUAACAGUAACUUUAUCCACGUUAUGCAAUAGUAAAAUAAACGAGUAAUUAGUUACAGUUAGAAAGCUGAAAUUCGUAAAUAUCAUAGUCUCGGAAAUCAUGAAUGUUUGGAAAAGUCUUCCUCAAAAAAGGCGUUCAGAAGUUGAUACUCGGCGAAGUUCAUUUGUUUCCAUGUAGAUAGUUGAGGCAGACAGGACGAGAGGUGGUUGCGCUUCAGGGAUGAAACAGUUGAAUGGAAGCUGAAAGAAGCUUAGCGGUAAAGACAGGAAACUUAGACAGAUGUGCUAAAGUGUAGCCUAUGAACAGUCACUCCAAAUCCUAAAAAUAAUCACUUUGAAGGUUGGGGGUGAUUGUACACAGCCUGGCUAGAGGGGUGUUUCUUUUUGGUACAAGUGUUGUAGCUAGACAAAAGACAUCAGCCAGUCAUUCAAGCUUACACAAGUUGGUUACUACUCUUAAAGCAAAUUUAUUAGGGCUUCACUAAAGGGAACCUAUAACUGACACAAAACUUUAAAAACAGUCGAUCAACCAAACAUUCCUGUCUAUUUUUGCGAUGGAUCUUCGUUUACAAACAGAUUAAUCUAUCCCUGGGACGCAGCCAUCACUCGACAUCUCCAGUCAAGCCGCGGCUUUCAGUAUCGUUUCCGGGACUAAGAGAACUUUAUGACAAUCCUAAGGCACAUCGACGGAGUUCUACUGGAUUGGCUGCUCCAGGAGAAAAAAUCAGGCUUAAAUCAGUAGCACAGAAACAAGUGAUGAAAGAGUACAGACGCCGUUCCGAAAUGGUUGUGAGCCAGCAGCCUACACUCUCUGUUGUUCACGUGGACGCCAACGGAAACGCCCGUACGGUACCUAUGGAUGAUGACUCGGAGACAAAAUCUGUCGUGGACCCCAGGAAUGAUGUCCGAAUGGAUAGGGAAGAAGAGGCAAAAAUGAAACUUUGCCCAUGUCUACCUGCAGUAUCCGCAGAGUUCCCUGGGUACCCUGAGGAAGGAGGCGUUUUGGCCCCAUUUAAGUACUCGCUAGGAUGGGUGUUAUUUGUUGUGAGCUUUCCUUUCAUCUGUAUGUUUACAUGGACCAUUCCCGACUGUAGUAAGCCACACAACCGCAAAUACUUCCCAGCUUCUUUCACGAUGUCUAUCAUUUGGAUAGCCAUUUUGAGCUUUGGCAUGGUGACGUUGGUUGGACGAUCUGGGUGCAUCUUGAGCGUGGACAAGUUUACCAUGGGAUUGGUAGUCAUAGCCAUUGGCACUAGUGUUCCGGUAAGUUAUUGAAUCCCGUGGUCACGUUUUAACUUUUUGCAGUCUUUACACUGGAAAUGGAAAAUUUUCCUUUUAAGGCGUCUUCCUAUCAAUUAUUUCUCAGUUUUCUUCAUUCACAGCAUAUUAAAUAACGUUUUAAAAAACAUCGAUCGACAUUCGAAAAAAAGACGUGCAUUUUUGUUAACGCUUUGUUUGGUUAAGCACUGGUGAUCAAACCCAUUAGCGUACCAUAUCCCAAACCUCGCGCUGGACUAGCAUCCCAUGGGGGAGGGGGGGGGAGAGGAAGAAAGUAGUAAUACUCCUACUUGCUUCACGGUAAGGGAUAAGCUCCGAUUGGGUGAGCCACUGGGCUCAAGUGCAGACUUACUUUUUUCGACUUAGUAAGGAAAGCUACCUCUAAACAGAGAAGUAAUCAAACGAAACCACAUUGCACAUUCAAAUAAAAAAAAAACUCUACAGAUAAACGAACCUGUUACCUUUUCUGAUUAGGUCAAACACUCAAACGUUGUGCUAAUUACAGAUCAAUUUCAUAACUGAAUUAUUUUGCUUUUUUUUUCAGGAUGCUUUAAGCUCCAUCAUUGUCGCACGGGAUGGUUUUGGAGAUAUGGCCGUUUCAAACGCCAUUGGAUCGAAUGUAUUUGACAUCAACCUUGGUAUUGGCUUACCAUUUGUUAUCAGGAUCAUAAUUGAUAACUUUCAACCUAUCCGACUUCUAACACCAAAGGAAGAGGUAAAAUCAAUAGAGUUUUCACAUCAACUCGUACUUUUCGCAUCUUUGCCAUCAAAAGAUGGUAAACAAAAGCAAUGUUUUUUAGGGUAACUUUGGUGAAGAAUACACUUAACUCUUCUCUUUUAGGAGCGUCUUCCGUGAAAAAUAUUUAGCAUAAGAUUUCUUCCCGAGUCUGUUAAUUUCUCACCAUUGUUCUGUUUUAAAAAUUUCCACAUAUCGGUAUUAUUUCUUUAUUUUUAACUCUCAAUUAAUUUUCAAUUUAUAUGUUCUUGCAGGAAAUGUUAUCGUCAGGAAGUCUUGUAGUGGUGCCACACGUCAAAUUUGGUUUCAUUUUGCUUCUCAUUUUGAUCGUAGCCCUUGGGAUUUUCGCCAGCGUGCGCUUUAAAUUGAACAGAAAAAUUGGUAUUUCAUUUUUUACCAUGUAUGUCGCAUUCGUCAUCUAUGCUUACGUUCAAGAUAUGCUGUGUGAUUACGACUGCUGAUGUAAAAACAAAGUACCAACUGACCAUUUUAAAUGAAAUUGUUACAUGAGUGACUCUUUUACAGACCAGUUAGCGUUUUCCGUCUGAAUAGUUCGAUUACAGAUUGAUAGAAUCCACCACUAUCAAUCAAAACUGGACAACAGCUAAGGUUAAUUGAAAUUUUAUUUUUUUACAAAGUUCACAUUUUAGAAACGAUGAGAAUAUCUCUAGAUGAAGUUUAUACUAGGUUUCCAUCGAGGCUAUAAUGUCUGUAACAUGUUUUAGUGUUCUCUGCAAGUAUUCUACUGACAAAGGUAACACACAUCUGUGAUAUAAAUAUAAGGAACUUAUCUAUAUAUGAUAUGGAACAUGUUUCGAAAAACCUAUCACUAUUCAGGUCAUCUUUAUGGCUUACAAUUGUAUUGCAGAAGAUUUGAGAAAUGACUUAGACUGACACAAGGUCUCAUAGGAAAAUUUAUCUAGGAUAAGUUCUAAAGUUGUAAAAAUAUUGCUUAAGUUCUCUACAAUACUACUAAGUUAAGUUAUAACAACAUUGUGAUGACCCAGACGUUUUUGUACUCUAGAUAUAGGUUGUUAUGAAGAGAAAGAGUCAGAGUCCUUUUGUUACCAUAAGCUAAAUGGUUGAAAAGUUUGAAAACAGUCUUACAUGAGUUUAUAUCUGCCAAAAAAACUUUUUGUGUUGAACACAAGGGGAAUGGCUUAUUAAAGAUGUUACACUGUUUUAGGAAAACAAGCUAAAAAAUAGAUUGUUUUUAUAUUCAAUACAACAUACUGAUACAAAAAUUACUUGAAUGUAUUUUUAUCAGAAAAAAAAGGAUAUAGCCACAAACAUUGUAGCUAGGUGGC